AUGGAUGAAACUACCAACUUGACGAAUGAUAUACACCUAGAGGACAUUUUGGUGGAUCAAGAUGCUAUCUAUACCUGCAGAUGUAUCUUGAAGUGCUAUGAAUCCGAUACAGGCACAAAAGGUAUCGAUAAAAUCAAUGGCCCAUCAAGUUCGUAUAUUGUUUCAUCCGUAAAAAAUGGAAUGGAUGGGAUAAAAAGUUCUAUAGACAGCAUUGACCAUGCUAUUUCUGUUUUGGACUCCCUCUUACACAAGACUGUUAUAAACGAUACCAGUGAUAUAAUACAAAGUUUUGAUGAAGUCAACAAAUAUUCCAAACUUAUUGAUGACACAAAUCAAUCUAUUUGUGAGAUAAGUGAAGACGUAAAGAAUAAAUUUUCAGAUUUGGUAUCACUCUACAACUCAAUAGAUCUUGAUAAAAAGGCACUGGAAAGGCUCUACAAAGUUCAUGAAUAUUCAUCAGAGUGCAAAAGAGUAAUAAAAAUAUUGCAGAUGCUGCACGAACGUGUAGUAUGUCUUGGAAAUAGUCCAAACGAUUUUGUAAAAUUACUUUUGAUAUCCUGUCAGUAUAACAUAAUAGCGGAAAAGAUAUUCAGUUUGGAGAAAACUGAUAUACUCCAUGUAAUAUUGGACUAUUCUAUGACUUUUAAAUCAGCAAUUAUUAAAAAAUGUACAAAUCAUGGAAUAAUGUCAGUUUUUUCUUCAUCGGAAUCUUUAUCAAAGGUCAAUGAGAAAAUACUUGUAAUAGUUCAUCAUAUAUUCAAGGAGUUUUCAACUUCUUCAAAAUACAUACUUGAACUUAUUGAAUCUUUGAUUCGUGGGACUAGUGAUUGUAUAAAGUUGAAGGAGAUCUUACCUUGCAAUGAAUCAAAUCCUGAUUGGCAACAACUUCUAAUAUCGCAGGUAUCAGAGUUUUUAGAAAAAUAUAUAACUAACCAAAGGGGUUUGUACCUCAUUUGUAAAACUUCCAAAUUGCCACUACAUGAAAAAUUGGAAAAGGGUGAAAAGGAACUGCUAAAGGCAUUUAUGGGUAAAAUGGCACAUGCUGGCUCUCAAGAUCCAUUUUCGUAUUGUGAACUAUAUUCAAAACGUUGUAUAGGCUUAUUACAAAUAACAUUAUCGCAUUUGAAUGAAGAAAAUGGGCAGUAUGAUAUCCCUAUGUUAAUACCAGAACUAAUAUCUCUAGGGGAAUCUGCACAUUCUGAAUUAUCACAUAUGGAUAUACCAUUUAACAUGUAUAAGUAUUAUUUUAAGAUAAUUUGCGAAGAUUAUGCCAAGACAUUUCUUUCUGUAGCCGCAAAACGGAUAAUCCCAAUGUCAAAACUUAUGUUUUCUAACUGUAUUGGUUUGUUGCCACAUCUAGAGCGUGGAAAUCGAUCCUCUGGAAUUAACGAUCAUGACAUGAACCUAUGUGCAAUUUUAUUGGUUAAUUUACCUGUUAAAAACGAGAUAUCAAAUGUAAUUUACGAAUUUCUGGAAAGAUCAAAAAUGUGUGAACCUAUUUUCAAACAAAUACAGUCCAUAGUAGCAUCUGCCUUGGAGAAUAUCCUAGCAGAUGUUUCACAGAUAAGAUCUAAUUCUGGCACUAGAUUGAGUCUGAAUGAUGGAGGAAGUAAAAUCGUUUUGUGUAAACCCAAUGAGGCACAAUGUUUGAACGCUAAACUACACCAGCUUGUGUAUGUUAUGAUCCACAGAAUAGAAUCCAACUUUGGAAGUUUUAUUGAUAAAAAAUCGCCAUUUUGGAAAGUGAUAGAAUCAGGUAGAGAAACCCCGUUGAUAAAUCACUGGGCUGACGAUGUAGGAGAAACCAUAUGGCACACAUUUUCCUACAUAAGUACGGCUGGUAAUAUAGAAUUUUCUUGGAAAACGCAGCAGUUGCUGAUUUCUACACAGCACGUGAUUAAAAUAUGUAAUUUUCUGCGGGAGACUUAUUUUGAUCCUCUGGUCCCUGUGGGACAAUUUGAACUAUUGAAGAAGUUUGCAACACAUACCAUUUCCUCUUUCAUAACAUAUGCAAUUUCCAUAUGGCCAUUGGAUGAAAAUGAACAGAUAAUGCUCUUAAACUCAACUACUGAGCUAGAAUUUGCUCUUUCAGAAAUUUUGAGGGAGCUACCAAAAUUUGAAGCUGAUUGCAUAUCAACAUUUAGAAGAUUAAUAUUUCUCACCAAUGAUGAGCUAUUUUCAAUGUCUGAAUUGCAAAAUUCAUCAGAGAAUACACUGUUACUACCAAAAGAUAUAAUAGCCUUGCAUGUUGCAGUACGGCUAUUGAGGAGGCCUGGCCUCCAUGAUUUACAAAGCUGGGCGUUGAAUUCACCAUUGCACAAGUUUUUGGAUACAAAUAACAUCCACUCUAUGAUGAGGUUGUUCAAGAACUCUUUUUUUCAACAGGAACCUGGUCAGUUGACUCCUCAUAUUUAUGAUUAUCUCUCAAGCUUUGAGCACAUAGAACACGAUAUGGAGCUUUAUAAUAAGGCCUUGGCGUAUAUAAAAUAG